GCCUGACCCUGUGAUGCAUAUGUGUAUUGAUCGGCUCAAGAUUUUCAUUGGCCAAAUUUGCAGAGUGUUGGCAGAAUUGACGGUCUUACCCAUGACUUUGACUUGCAUCCUUGCGGCAUGGCUGAUGCAGGUGUUUGCAGACGGAGCGAGCGACACAUCCAGCCGGACGCAUCUCAAUUGUUGUGCUAGCUGCACGGAUUUUUGCUCUCCUGCCAGUGGCAAUUGCUAUGAGAAGAAGGGUAAGGACUACUACCUGGAGUGCAGCACAAGGAGUGGAGAUGAGGCGUGCCCGUCCGGCUAUGGGAAGCCCGUGAAGGGCAGUCCUUGCAUGAUUUGCCCUGAGGGCACUUGGAGUUCAGAGGGCAUGGAGCUUUGCCAGAGAUGCUCAGCUGGAAGCUGGAGUGACCAACGGGGACGAAGCAGCAAAGAGAACUGCAUUCAGUGCCCUGUGGGAACUUGGAGCAGCCAAGAGGGUGCCAUCUCCCCUGAGGCCUGCCAAAAGUGCCCAGCGGGCCAUUGGAGCAACAGGACCGGCUUGGGUGCCAUCGGCGAUUGCCAGGUCUGCCCAGCAGGCACCUGGAGCUCGGACGCGGGCGCGACCAGCGCGAAGACUUGCGUGAAAUGCGGCAAGGGCAAAUGGAGCCCACAAACCGCGGCCGUGUCGGAGGAGGCCUGCGUGAGCUGCCAUCCAGGCCGGUACAAUGCCCAGGAGGGUGCCAGCUCUCAUCUCAGUUGCCUGCCCUGCCGUGCUGGCACCUACAGCAGCGCGUCAGCUGCCACGGGCCCUGAGGCCUGUGUGGCUUGCGCCGUGGGCAGCUUCAGCCCGGGCUUCGGGGCCGUUUCGAACAAGACCUGCUCAAGGUGUCCCCCCGGGACUUGGAGCGACACCAUGGCCGCAAACAGCCAGAGCAGCUGCCGGGCCUGCCCGACUGGCACCUACAGUCAUGCCAAAGGGGCGACCAGUGCGGAGACCUGCUGGGCGUGUCCCAAGGGCACCUACCAACCAAUCCGCGCCGCGGGCGAGGAGGCCCUAUGCAUCCCCUGUGCGGUGGGGAACUACAGCGACCAGCUGGGGCAAGGGAGCUGCCGGUUUUGCCCCAAAGGUUUCUACGGCGACGGCUUUGGGUUGACGGCCUGCCACUCUUGCCCCGAAGGCUCCUCCACCGCGCAGGUCGGCGCCAUCCGCGCGGAGCUGUGUCAGACACUGCCAAUCAAAGGGGACUCCAUUUUCCCGUGAGCUCCCCGUGCCGAGAGCUUUUAUAGUGGCCGUACGGCCUUUUUCCACGAACGGGUCGCACCCAUGAGGAUUGUGAUUGGACAAUUGCGU